AUGGAUAGUAAAAAAAUAGGAAUGCGUUGCUAUGUACAAUUUUGCAAAAGUAAAGCAAGUACUAGGAAUAUAAGUUUCUUCCAAUAUCCAAAAGACGAUCGUCUAGCAUUAUGGACAAAAAAUUGUGGUACAGAAAAUUUUACUGAAGGACUAUCAAAAAAAAAAAAAAAUAGCUAUAAAGUAUGUGGCGAUCACUUUGUAGAUUCAAUGUUUUUGAACUCCACAACAAAGAACCGACUAGUUUUCAAUGCUAUUCCAACAAUAUUUAAUGAUGAAAUGAUGUUUGAAAGAAUAAAAUUGGCCAAAUUACAGUUGAAAACCAAUGUAGAUCCACAGUAUUUUGAUGAUAAUUCAAAAGACCAGGGUGAUUCCAGCCACUGA